ACAUUGACCACCAUGAACCAGUCUGGAUCUCAAAGCAUCGAGCAAGCAACAACGGCGAUACAGGCUCAACCAGACAGUAAGACAAGACGUUAUGAUCGACAACUGAGGUUAUGGGCUGCCUCAGGUCAAGCGGCCCUGGAAUCGUCACGGAUUCUUGUAUUGUCCGCUUCCGCAACGUCAACCUCGAUCUUAAAGAACCUUGUCCUACCAGGCAUUGGCCACUUCACGAUCCUCGAUCCUGGUACUGUAACGGGUGCCGAUGCCGGCAACAAUUUCUUCCUAAAUGGCUUCUCCAGCAUUGGAAAGUCCCGUGCUAAAGAGGCUUUGCCUCUACUGAAGGAGUUGAACGAUAGCGUCGAUGGUGAGGCAGCGGUCAAGAGCGUAGAGGAGAUCUUGGGAAGCGCAGAAGGAAGGCAAUGGGUCAAGAGCUUUUCCUUGGUGAUCACGCAUAAUCUACCUCAGACACCCUUGGAUGCGCUGUCGAAGUUACUUUGGGAGGAACUUGAGGAUCCACCGCUCAUUGUUGUGCGAUCGGCCGGGUUCCUCGCGGAUUUCUAUAUUCAGUUCCGUGAACAGUGCAUCAUUGAGUCCCAUGAUGAGACUGCGCCUCCGUCUCUCCGUCUCACAAAACCAUUCCCUGCACUUCAAGAAUGGGCGACAAAUUUAGAUAUCUCCAAUAUUGACCCCACUGAACACGCCCACAUUCCGUUUAUCGUCCUCCUGAUCAAAGAAGCUGACCAAUGGCGAUCAGAGCACAAUGGUUCCUUACCCAAGACCUAUGAUGAGAAAAAGGAAUUCAAGAAGCAUAUAAGGUCACGGAUGGUCAAGAUGGACGAAGAGAACUUUGAAGAAGCUGAGAAUCAGGCGUUCAGGAUGUGGUCGGAAGCAAAGAUUCCAUCCGACAUCGCUGCUCUCUUCGACCUGGAACCGCUCCAACAGCCCAUCUCUUCUUCGUCCACCUCCCAACCAAACGGCGUUACCAAAUCUCCACACAAGUUAAACCCAGAAUUUCACGCUCUACUCCAAGCGUUGCACAAAUUCGUUACUUCACCCGAUGGCCCAGGAUGUUUGCCCUUGUCAGCCUCAUUACCUGAUAUGAAGACAGACACGACGAGCUACGUGAAGUUACAAACGAUAUAUAAAGAUUGGGCCGCUGUCGAGCUGGCGAAAUUCAAAGAGAUUCUAAAAGCGGAGUAUCCUGAUCUUACCAUCGACAAGGCUGUCGUAGACUCGUUCGUAAAGCAUGCACACCAAAUCAAGGUGCUCCGUGGAAAACGAUUCGGUUCUUGGGAGGAAGACAAGACAGCAGUUGCACAAGCACUUGACUCUUACCCCCAAGAAACCGCGACUCGCCUUGCUUUGAAUGCACUCUCCACUCUGCUCCAUCACAACCCAGACCCUACUUCCAUCACCGCAGAAGCACUCAAAACUGAAGUACAAAGUCAAGUCGGACAGGGUGUCGAGCUUCCUUCAUCUCUAGACGAUGCUGUUGGCGAGCUGGCCCGAGCACCGACAGCAGAUCUCCCGAACACAGCCGCCUUCGUCGGAGGUAUGAUCGCUCAGGAAGCUAUCAAGAUGAUCACAAAGCAGUACGUACCUGUGAAUGGGUACUGUGUUGUUGAUUUGGUGGAGAGUAAGACCGGUAUCAUUGCCAACUGAGCUCAGAGGCGGUAGAGUACCGGGGGCGGGACUGAUUGCUUUGGAUGUUGCUUGAAGGACUAGCUAGAAAUCAACUUGUGUAUAUGUAGAAUGUGUCUUAUUCGUUCAUUGCUGUGAUGAAAUGCAUUGCUAUCGUUAAACUCAUCUCGGACAUUCAUGACAAUUCUCGUCACGUAGAUAUGCAAGAUAUUAUUUCAUUUCAACG